UUCUUUUCAUACGUUAAAAAAUAGAACUUAAAAAUCUCUGAAUUGAAUAUGACCAUGUGAAUUGCUGCCGCUUCCAUCAAAAAUGUAAUCCUGAAUCUGCUAAUAUUUUACCUUUUGAGGGAUGUAUUAUUAUGAAGAAUGGAGACUCUAGUGAGAAAUCAUCACUCUAAUGCUUUCCUUAAGGAAGGAACAUAAAUCCUCAAGAUGGGAAGUAACAGCACAAACAGUACAAGAACAAAGUGCACUGAUCUACACAUGCCGUUUCAGUACUCCCUCUAUGCAACCACCUACAUCCUCAUAUUCAUCCCUGGUCUUCUGGCCAACAGUGCAGCCUUGUGGAUUCUGUGCCGCUUCAUCAGCAAGAAAAAUAAAGCCAUCAUUUUCAUGAUCAACCUCUCUGUGGCUGACCUUGCUCACGUGCUGUCCUUACCCCUCCGGAUUUACUAUUACAUCAAUCACCAUUGGCCUUUCCAGAGGGCCCUUUGCCUGCUGUGCUUCUACCUGAAGUAUCUCAACAUGUAUGCCAGCAUUUGCUUCCUGACGUGCAUCAGCCUUCAAAGGUGUUUCUUUCUCCUCAGGCCUUUCAGGGCCAGAGAUUGGAAGCGUAGGUAUGAUGUGGGCAUCAGUGCUGCCAUCUGGGUCAUCGUGGGGACUGCCUGUUUGCCGCUUCCAAUUCUGAGAAGCGUUGGCUUAGCCAACAACACUGAAUCCUGCUUUGCUGAUUUAGGGCUUCAACACAUUAGCAUGGCUUCCUCCAUUGGCUUGGUGACUGUAGCUGAACUUGGAGGGUUUGUGCUACCUGUUGUAAUUAUUACUUAUUGCACAUGGAAAACAAGAAAAUCUUUACAGGAAUUCCAAGAUCCCCCUCAGAAUACCAAAGAGAGAAAAAAGGCUUUGUGGAUGGUCCUGAUGUGUGCAGUGGUGUUCAUUGUGUGUUUCACGCCUUACCACCUCAACUUCCCAUUCUUUAUGAUGGUGAAGCAACGUGUCUUUUCAAACUGCUCCUUUAUUAAGAGUACUCUAUAUUUCCAUAUCAUUUCCCUAUGUCUUGCAAAUCUAAAUUGCUGUCUUGAUCCAGUUGUAUAUUACUUUAUGACCUCAGAAUUCCGUGGUAGAUUUUCGGAACAUGGUGGCUUGGUUUUUCAGUCAUGUGUGAAAUGCAAGGACAAUGCUUUGGAAAUUCAUCACAGGAAGGAGGAUCUUCAAACUAUCUCUCUUGAACUUUUGGAUGAUUCCAAAAUAAUGUAAUCAAAUAAUUAGCUUAGACUAAUCUAUAUUCUCUGUUGGUUUAGCUAUGUUAUCUUAAAUAUUUUUCUUAACAAAUGGUGUUGUUGAGUGCCUCGACAAAACAUGGUCCUCUUCCCUUGCUCCUCAAAAUGAUGAUUCUGAAAGAAUUAUUCAUGACUAUAUUUUCUGUCCAAAUGGAAAAAUAUUGUUCUAUAGAAAAUAUCUUUCUUUAUAGAAAGGGAUGAGCAACAGAAUGAAUUGCACACCUGUUCCUCAGCAGUGAGUCCAAUUUUUUCGCCUUCUCCUCUAAGAAACAAAAUGUAAAUUAAAAACAGUUGGACAAAGGUGAAUUGUCCAAACAUUCAAAAAUAUACAGGAGAACAAUAUGAUUCUAGCUUCAUCUAGAAAGUAUACACUAAUUGAGCAAAGUAGAUUAAUGAAGAAAGGCUUAUUAAUAUUAAUAGGAGUUAUGGAAAUUAAUAUCCUUAUAACUUAGAAUAUGUAUGAUACUUGCCUUUACUCCCCUUGAGCAAACAAACAAUUCAUGUUAAUCCCAAAUAUCUCAAAAAUAUAAUGAGAUUCACACACAACACAUUCAAUUUAAACAGAAAAUAAAAUUGUGCUCUAACAUGUUUCACAAACUUCACAGUUUCAGGGUUUGCAAUGAAAGCUCUUUACUUGGAUGUCUGUGAGUGUGUGUGAUGUUAUAUGUGCUUUAGUGUAUUGGCAUUUACCCAAAAAAUAUUUUAUUAUAUUUGUUCAUUAAAAUCAACUAUUUCACGGUCUACCUAGAUUAAUUCCUCUAUAUACAAUCUCAUCCACAACUCCUCAAUAGAUUUAAACAAUGAGUUAAUGAAGAAUCACACUCAUGCAUAUAGUUUUUCAGUUGGACCUCAUUUCUCACAAGUAAAAGUAAAUGUAAGGAGGAUAUUGGUGAAUUGAAUCUUAUUAUAAAGGUAGAAUGAAAAAUUGCUAUUUUAAAAGUUUCUGUGGUUAAAUCAUUUUGUAAUACAAAUCAUUCUCAUUGGAAAAUUUGAAAUUUAAAAUUUCAUACAUUGGGUUUCAUUAAAAUGGUAUUUUGAAAAGCAUUGGUUAGUUUUAUAAAAUUAUAAAUACACUUUCUUGUCUUUAUAAGAUUGGAAAUUCACAAAAUGUUUUAUUUGUGGGAAAAUCUUUUUGUAAUAAUGAUUGCCUAUCAAAAUAAAAACAGAUAAUAUUUACUACAGGGGAAAAAAAAACCAGGGUAAAACCUAGGUUCUCUGAAGACAUCUAGGGAUAUGUAUUUUAGAAAGUUAUAUUCUAUAGAAAUGAUUCAGCUCCUUAAGCACCUGAACAUUUAAAACACCAUUUUAGAUGCAAUUGUUUCUAAAUUAUAUUCUUUCCUACUCACUUAAGCAGUUUGUUUUAAACAAGUGAACACCGUGUAUGAAAUAAGCAUUAAUCCAGAUUCAGAGGACAACGAUCCUAGUUUCAAAUCUGCCAGCUAUAAGCUAUGUGACUUUUGGCAAUUUACUUCUCUUUGAGUUUAAGUUUUAUUAUCUGUCCCUAAAGGGGCUAGACGAGAUGAUCUCAGUGUGAGGCAUACUUCUUGGAAAAUGCUUUCUAAACUCUAAAGCACUUUACAAAUGUGUGUUGUUGUUAUUAUUAGUAUUAAUAUUGUUAUUAUUUAAGAAGAGCUUUGACUCUAAUAUUUAACGUAAUCUUUUCAUAAUGACUGAGGGUCAUCAUUAAAAACAUCAGUUAUUGUACUGUAUACAUUUGCUUCUCUCAAGGCUUGCUUGUAUCUACACUAAAACGGCCUCACGGAUUUUCAGUUAUUAUAUAUUUGAUUUUAUAAGUGCUCUUUUCUCCACCUUUUCAGGCUAUCUGUUCUUACUUCUUGCCAUUGUCAGUGAGCUUGUCUAAUUAUGUCCCCAUCCUUUCAAUUAGUUUUUUCUAAGAUUAGAUUGUGGCUUUGAAAACACCUUCACUAACCAAGCUAGUUCUAACAGAGUUUAAAUUUAACAAAAAUGAGUAAAAGCUUUCUUAUUUUAUUUUAUUUGGAGAUUGUGUGUUUGGAAAAGGGAAAAUCUCCUAUGGAACAAAGUGUAUGGAUUUUAGUUUAUGGACUUUACGACAUCUAUUUUGGCUAUUCAGGACUAUUUUGCUUCCUUCCUGGCUCUGUCGGCUGUGUUUGAAUAACUGAGGUUGCCAAAUAUUUGAGUUCCGGCUCACCAGGGUGUGACUAGCCAUUUAUGACACCUAAAAUUUCUUGGAGUAUAAAUAUUGCCAGCUUACUAUAUAUACAUAUUAUAUAUAUUAUUCAUAUAUAUAAUAUAAUAUAUAUAAUUAAAUUUCCAAAAUCAUUACUUGUUUCAUUAAGAAAUGGUUUGUUUAAAACUGUUUUAUUGCUUUUAGAGAAGUUAUUUUCCAUUUUCCAUAAUGCUCUUGAAAAAGCAUAAACUCACUCUGGCCAUUUCUCCUUUCCUCUUUAAGGCUAUUUGGUAGAAAUUCACUUACUUAUUUGAAGUCCUAUCUGAGAUAAAGUCAAGUCCCACAUAACGAUAUUUUGGUCAACAUUGGACUGCAUAUAUGACAGUUGUCCCAUAAUAUUAGUACCAUAUAGCCUAGGUGUGUUGUAGGUUAUGCCAUCUAGGUUUUUGUAAGUAUACUCUGAUGUUUGCACAAUGACGAAGUCACUUGAUACAUUUCUCAAAAUGUAUCUCUGUCAUUAAGAGACAUAUGAUUGUACAUUAAUUAUUUUUUGGAAAUUUACUUAUUAUUAUCAUGAGAAAUGUACAUUAUCCAAAAGCUUUGGAAAAGCAGAGAAAACAUACUGGCUUGCCAACUCCCUUGAAGUUAUCAGAAUUCUCCAGAAAGCUCCAAUUUACUCCCACUUUUAGAGGAGUGGCUAUGUGCAGUCAUCUUGAUCCAGUAUUUCUGCGGCCAGGCAAAUAGCCAACCCUAUCCCUUUACUCCCUCUUUCCCAAAAUACUGGAGUUCCUGAGUUCUAAGAAUGGCAAGUUGAAUCUACAGUUGUAACUGACUGAUAAUUAGGUAGAGUUGGGUUCUAGUACUAUCUCUGAGCUUUCUUAACUGUGUGAUCUGGAGCAAGACAUUUUACCACUCUGAAACUGUUUCCUCACCUGCAAUAUGGUGAUAAUAAUCUCUGCCCUUUCUGAUUCACAAGACUCUUGUGAAAACCUUAUAAGAAAUGUAGAUGAGAAUUAUUUUUAAACUAAAAUUAUUAUUUAAACAUAGGAUAUAGGGAGAGGUAAUAUUAAGAAAGGAAUCAGGAAAGGAGAUAAAAAAUCCCCCUCAAUCAAUGACAACACGGAGGAUAUUAUUAAAGAAUUUAAACAACCUAUUGGCGUCAUAGAAAAUAUAAAGGUUUGAAGUAAUACCCAGGGUCAAGGUAAUACUGGCUGAGGCCCCUGAGGGUAACAGAAAGAGCCAUUUACCUUGUCUGCUACCAUGAGUUUGUUAGGUCCAGCCUUUCAGAGGAGAGAAUUAUGAUUAGGGUUAAGGAUUUCUGAAGAAAUCAAAUAUAAGAGAUUCACCAUAGCCAGAGGGAAACAAUGAAGAUACAAUAGGGCACAGUCAGUGUUUCUUACUGAUAAUUCUGUAGAUGGAAGGCAAGGUGUCCAGAACUUUGGGAAGAAAUAGAUUUGAAACAAAUCUAGAGGAACCUACAGUUCUAAAGGGUAGAGCUGAGGGCAGGAAGAGGUUACCCGGCAGUAUUGUUUGGACACGGAUACAUUUGUUGAGGGGCAUUUAAAAGUUCAAAGUACUUCCUUCAUUCGAUGCAGUUCUACAGUCUGGUCUGGUUAACCAUAUUGGAUAAUAAAAUCUGCAAAAAUGUGAAAUACGCAAAAACCCAAAGUCUCCAGAAAAAACCUUGAACAUAUACACUUCUGCCUUUGCUCACACUGUUUCCCUGUCAUGUAUGCCUUUGUUUCUCUUCUCUGUCUAUACAGUCUUACAGAUUAUUUAAGAUUCAGCUUAAACUCUACUUAAUUGUAAAACCACAUCAUCUUCUCUAUAAAGUCCUUUAGGGCACUCAUGAAGGAUAGUGCAAUAUGUUGUACUCCAUAACAUAGCGAAAUUGAACCUGAUUUCCUAUAGUGAUAUUAAGACUUUGGUAGAUUCUGUUGCUAGAUUAAUUAAGGCUUACAUAUUUCUUUCUCUAUGGGAGACUGUAUUCCACGUAUAACCCAGGGAGUCUAUUGGUACCUGAUCUAGUUCUCUCAGCACCAUGCAAAUAGUCAGUGCUCAAUAAAUGCUUGUUGAUUGAUUUAAAAGAGAAUAUAUAGUAAUUUGUUAGAUAUCUAAAAGACUGGCUCCUAUAAAGCUGACAUCAACAAAUGUCACAAGGUUUAUGCACUCAUUCUGUCUGUCUCUAAUUACCAUGUUAACCACUAGGACUUAAAGGCCUGAAAAGGGAUUCUUUUUCCACCCACAACUUUAUCGAGGAAUAAUUAAUAAAUAUAAUUAUAUGGAUUUAAAGCAUACAACAUGAUGAUUUGAUAUACAUAUACAAUGAUUAUCUGCCACUACAGUCACUGUAUCUUUGCAGAUUAGUUGAAUUUGUUGAAUAUAAAUGAGGCCAAAGUCUGGUUGGCUCUUAGUUAACUAGGUAACCAUAUUACGGAAGACUCCAACUUUUGUAGUUCUGUAAAAUGUGUUUGUAAACUGUGCAUUAAAUUUUAAAACAUUAAAAAGUAUUUCUGGAAGGUUGAUUGCUUUGAUGUUGUGGUUGUUGCUAUUUAAAAAAAGAACAAUUUAUUCCUUUUUUCCUCAGUAGGGAAGUGGGAAUGUGAAGAAGUGGGUGCAGAAUAAAGAUAAUACCUCGCAGGAUUUGUUACUCUUUCCCUCUUUCAUCUAUAUUCCCAGUUCUUUUAUUUCUGAUGAAUUCAAUAAAGUGUCGAUAAAAUUA